AGGAUGAGCUACACUUGGGUGAAGGACUCGGGACGAAUGAGGAGGGACUUUUAAGAGUUGGAUCAGAGAAGCUACUUUUCCUGAAUGUGGUCCUUUGAUUCUUCUCUAAAUAUUAGAAUUGUAGUGAUGGAUAGACGGAACCUGCAGGAAAACCGGACAUUCAGCUCACACACACUGACAUGACGAUGAUUUCUAUCUGGCUGUUUAAGCUGCUCUGAGAAGAGCUGCUGCUGUAUGACAGAGCUUGUAGGUUUGGUCACUUCCAGGAUGACUGACUGGCAGGACUAAAAUCCAGAAGAAGUUGGGGGAAGUUCACUCACAAGGUUGGAAACUGCUGAAGCCACGAUGGAAAUUCACACGUGCCUGUACUUUGUUUUCAUUGCUAUAACUCCAAGAGUGUGUUCCCAGGUUGGACCUCGUGCCCAUGCUGAAGAGAGGCUCCUCCAGAAUCUGUUUGCGCAUUACAAUAAGCUCUCCCGACCUGUGCAAAACACUUCAGACACAGUGCUGGUCCACUUUGGGCUGUCUAUUGCCCAGCUAAUUGAUGUGGAUGAGAAGAACCAGAUGAUGACAACAAAUGUCUGGGUUAAGCAGGAAUGGAACGACUACAAACUGCGUUGGAACCCAGAGGAAUAUGAAAACGUCACUUCAAUACGUAUACCCUCAGAGAUCAUCUGGAGACCUGAUAUUGUCCUCUACAACAAUGCGGAUGGCGACUUUGCUGUAACUCACCUCACGAAAGCCCACCUGUUCUAUGACGGUCACAUAAAGUGGACACCUCCCGCCAUUUAUAAGUCAUCGUGCAGCAUAGACGUCACGUUUUUUCCUUUCGACCAGCAGAGCUGCAAGAUGAAGUUUGGCUCCUGGACCUACGAUCGCGCCAAGAUCGAUCUGAUCAGCAUGGCCAGUGAUGUGGACCAGAUGGACUACUGGGAGAGCGGCGAGUGGGUCAUUGUUAAUGCAGUGGGCAAGUACAACACCAAAAAAUAUGAGUGUUGUGCAGAGAUCUACGCGGAUAUCACUUACUACUUCAUCAUUCGGAGGCUCCCCUUGUUCUACACCAUUAACCUGAUUAUCCCCUGCUUGCUUAUCUCCUGUUUGACGGUUCUGGUCUUUUAUUUGCCAUCCCAGUGUGGAGAGAAGAUCACCUUGUGUAUUUCAGUUCUUCUGUCCCUUACCGUGUUUCUCCUGCUGAUCACUGAGAUUAUCCCAUCUACGUCACUGGUGAUCCCCCUUAUCGGUGAAUACCUGCUGUUCACCAUGGUCUUUGUCACGCUCUCCAUUAUAAUCACAGUCUUUGUGUUAAAUGUCCAUCACCGUUCGCCAAAAACUCACGGCAUGCCCCAGUGGGUGCGCAGGGUUUUCCUGGACUUGGUGCCUCGAGUGCUCUUCAUGAAACGUCCACCUGGUACAGCAAAGCAGCACUGCAAGAAGCUCAUCGAGAUGAUGCACCGCCCGACCGUGAUUUCCACGACAAACAACUCGCAGGCUUUUUGGAUCGGACUGGACACGGAGCUCAGACAGAUGGCACAGGCGGAUAACGCACCCCCAAAAACUCAAGCUGACAGUCCGAGAAUCCUCGUCUGCUCGCCGUCUCCACCCUCUUCCCCUCAAGAUGACGCGAGAAAAGAUCAUCCAUUGAAUGCCAGCAUUUUCCAUCGAUCCGCCUCUGUCAAAUACUCGGUCCUCACAGAAAAGCAUUCCCUGCGCGGACACAACUCUGCAACCAUGUGCGCUUCUCAGUUAUCUUUGCCUCCAACUUUGAUUCCGGACUCACUUCACAGCUUGUCUGGUGAACAGCCAAGUACUCUGGCAUUAAAUGGCCGCUCUCAAAGUGCAGAGCAAAUGUGCAACCAACACAAGCAGGUUCCUCUGAGACAUGAACAUCUCUGUCGCUCACACAGCAUUCAGUACUGCUGUCUGCACAAUGAUGGUGCAUUGGGGACACCGAGACACGUGAAAGAAAUGGUCUCUAAAGAGCACUUGACCAACACCCCAGCAGCAGUGUCCACCAAAGAAGCAAGCACCCAACAAGAUACUCAGAUUCCAACAAUUUCCCCAGCUAUGCAACGAGCCAUAGAGGGAGUUCAGUACAUCGCAGAUCACCUCAAGGCAGAGGAUGCAGACUUCUCAGUGAAGGAGGACUGGAAGUAUGUGGCAAUGGUCAUUGACAGGAUAUUCCUUUGGAUGUUUGUGCUGGUGUGUAUUCUGGGAUCCGUGGGACUCUUUCUUCCUCCCUGGCUGGCAGGGAUGAUCUAGACGCUAUGGUGUCGAGGAACAUGAGAACUGACAGGAAGACGAGCUGUCACAUUGUAAGAAAGAGGUUUAUCAUUAAUCUUUUCAUUUUCUGUUUAAAGGAACUCCAUGUCACAGUCUUUGCUGCUAUCCUUUGUUAUCAAAAGGUUACCUGCAGAGAAACAAGAUGAAAUAUCUAUCAUUGAUCCUUGAGGGCACAUCAAUUCUUUAUGAGGGCAAAAGGCCAACAACGAAAAUACCCCUCAGUGCCUCUCCUUCUUGACACUCAAACUGUCCCUUUGUGAUAAAAUGUGUGAAAAAUAGAUUUGACUCGUUUUGAAAUGCUGAUACACCAGAAGACUCAAGAACCCGAUUGCUAUUUAUAGGAUCAUCUGAGGUAGGAUACGUGUUUGAGCAUUUCUGCAAUGCCAGUUUUGUUGUAUAUGGGAUGUUUUAAUGUUAACAAUGAGCAGAAGUCAUAAAAUAUUCCUGAGAGAUCCAUAAAGUCAUGCUUCUGUGAAAA